AUGUCUACGCCAACUGCAGUCCCAGAAAAUUUCCUUACCGCAGUUUCUGCAAAGCAUUCGGCACCGUUAUGGACGGUGCUAAGCAAGAUGGUGCCGCCGCAUCCUAACCCCAAAGCCUCAGCCGAGGAAUGGAAAUUCGACGAGCUAAAACCUCUGCUGAUGGAAGCCGGCCGUAUCGUCAAGGCAGAGGAGGCCGACAGGCGCGUUUUGAUGCUAGUUAAUCCUAGCAUGGAGGCUCCGUAUACUACAGAUACAAUCUACGCUGGUCUACAGCUUAUUCUUCCCGGGGAGACUGCGCCGGCUCAUCGACAUGUAGCAUUUGCCCUGCGCUUCAUAAUUGAAGGCGAGGGCGGCUUCACUGCGGUGGAGGGAUGUAAAAUCCCCAUGGCUCGCGGAGACGUGAUCCUCACUCCAUCGUGGCAUUGGCAUGACCACGGUAAUGAAGGCAACGAGCCUAUUAUCUGGCUCGACGGGCUGGAUUUACCUCUCUUCAAGAACGUUCCCGUCAACUUCGCAGAGAGUUAUAUCGAUCCCCGGUAUCCUAGCAAACCUGUUUCAAGUAGCGCCCAAUCUUUCCCCUGGCAUGCCAUCCAGGAAGCUUUGGAUUUUGAAACAGGCCCCUACGCCAUCUAUCACUAUCACCGGAUUGGAAAACGACACCUUUCGACAACUAUUAGCGCCCAAGCCGAGAGAUUGGCUGCAGGGCACAGCACGGAUGCGACUCGGGAUACAUGCUCAUUUGUCUAUCACAUCCACUCAGGUUGUGGCAGAACGCGUGUUCGAGCGGCGGAUGGAGAAGAAAGGGUGAUUCAAUGGAAGGAAAAGGAUACUUUCGCCGUGCCCGCUUGGUCGGAGGUCCAGCAUACCGCGGUGAAUACGAGCUAUCUUUUCGCCAUUAAUGAUAGGCCGAUGGUGGAGAGUCUUGGUCUACACAGGCAAUCA